AUGGGGUUUCGAUUGGAAAAGCCUAAAGAAAGCGCUGGUAAGACGUGGCCUGCAAUUCUGAUUAGUGGGUUCGUAGCGUUUGGGGGAAUUCUAUACGGCUAUGACACCGGCACUAUCAGCGGCAUUAUCGCCAUGCCCUAUUGGUCUCAAACCUUCUCAACCGGCUAUAGAGAUAGCACCGGCAAGUUGACUAUCACAUCCAGUCAGACGUCAGCGAUUGUGUCAAUUCUCUCGGCGGGAACCUUCUUCGGAGCUCUCGGUGCUGCCCCGAUGGGCGACAGUAUUGGGCGUCGCUGGGGAUUGAUUGUUUCGAACGGUGUCUUUGUAUUUGGUGUCAUCUUGCAGACCGCUGCAACGUCCAUUCCGCUCUUUCUUGCCGGACGUUUUUUUGCAGGACUUGGCGUUGGGCUUAUUUCUGCAUUGGUUCCACUUUAUCAGUCAGAGACUGCUCCAAAAUGGAUCCGAGGGUUUAUCGUUGGCUCUUAUCAAUUCGCAAUCACUAUCGGUCUUCUCCUUGCGUCGGUCGUGAACAAUGCAACCCAUAAUCGGAAUGACUCCGGGUCCUAUCGCAUACCAAUUGCAGUCCAGUUCGCCUGGGCGAUUAUCCUGGUGAUUGGUGUCCUUCUCCUCCCAGAAACGCCUCGGUAUCUCAUUAAAAAAGACAACUAUAACGGCGCUGUAAAGAGCCUAGCCAGGCUCCGUCGCCUUCCUGAGGAUGAUCCUGCUCUGCGUGAUGAGCUAGGGGAGAUUCAAGCCAACCACCAGUAUGAAAUCAGCCUGGGGAACUCUGGAUAUCGUGAAUGUGUCCGGGGAAAUUUGGCAAAGCGUCUUCUUACUGGCUGUCUCCUGCAGGCCUUGCAGCAAUUAUCAGGCAUUAAUUUCAUCAUCUACUACGGCACACAAUUUUUUAAGAACUCUGGUGUCAAAAAUGAGUUUGCGAUUAACCUCAUCAUUAACUGUGUCAAUUCCGUUUCUACUCUUCCUGGUCUCUAUGCAAUUGACAAAUGGGGUCGGCGACCAGUUCUGCUCCUGGGAGCUUUUGGCAUGACAAUCUCACAGCUACUUGUGGCAGUUCUCGGUACUACGACCACAAGCCAGGACAGUGUCGGCAAUAUUAUUGUCAACAAUGCUGCCGCUCAGAAAGCCGCAAUUGCCUUUAUCUGCAUAUACAUUUUCUUUUUCGCAGCUUCAUGGGGUCCGAUAGCCUGGGUCGUAACUGGAGAGAUAUUCCCUCUCAAGACUAGAGCCAAAUCGCUCUCUAUAACUACUGCGACCAACUGGCUUUUCAACUGGGCAUUAGGCUUUGCAACACCUUACCUGGUCAACUACGGGCCCGGGAAUGCGAACCUGCAAUCCAAGAUUUUCUUUGUUUGGUUUGGUUGCUGUUUCCUGUGCAUAGCGUUUGUUUACUUUAUGAUCUAUGAGACAAAGGGUCUGACGCUGGAAGAGGUGGAUGAGCUUUACGGCGAAGUUAAGGAUGCAAGAAAGAGCUUGGGUUGGAAGCCGAGCAUCACCUUCACGGAAAUGAGAGGCAAGGCCGAGGCAUUUGAGGACAAGGAAGCAACAGAAGAGCAACGCGAGUUUGACAAAGGUCACGAAACUUCCGCAUGA